AUGAAGUGGCACGUCCUCUUCUUUGCCGGCCUCGCCGUGGCCGCUCCGAUCGUUGACAACGGUCCUGCUGCUCCUCCAGAGUCGUCCUCGAAGGCUGUGACCUCUUCAUCGGCGAAGGUUCCGCCGGCCCCUGUCCCGACAUCCAAGGAACCGGCCCCGACCCCGGUUCCUUCCAAGCCCGCAAAGUCACCUGAGCCAGAGCCUACCAGCAAGCCGUCGCCAGCUCCGGCCCCGGCCCCUCCUGCAAAGUCGCCUGAGCCUGUACCGACGAGCAAGCCGUCGCCGGCUCCAGCCCCGUCCCCUCCUGCAAAGUCGCCUGAGCCUGUGCCUACCAGCAAGUCGGCUUCGGCCCCGUCCCUCCCGCAAAGUCGCCUGAGCCUGUGCCGACCAGCAAGUCAGCUCCGGCUCCAUCCCCACCUGCAAAAGUCGCCUGAGCCUGUGCCCACGAGCAAGCCGUCGCCGGCUCCGGCCCCGUCCCCUCCUGCAAAAGUCGCCUGA